GGAUGUGUGGGGACCUAUGGUGAGGUGGGGUCCAUGAAUAGUUGCAUCCACGCGAGAGAGGGACCUUGUAUGUUGGGUUUAUGUUUAUGUUUCUUUUUGUUUUUGUGUUUUUUUUGGUUCGUAUGAAACCGUUGCAGAACAGAAUUGGGUAAGUAAGGAAGUGAGAAUGCACUAGAAUUUUCUUUCUAUCUUAAUGCUUUCUCUGCGUGCAAGCCAACCUCAUCCAUCAUCGUGUACGGCAAAAAACAUCAUUGCAUUAAACUCCCUUCUCUCUCUUCUCUUUCUCUCUCUUGGGAUUGCUUGUGGGGUGCUUUAUAUAUAUAACUAGUCCUAUACAGGUUUCUAUUACCUCACUUUGCAUGGUCUCUCUUCUAUACUUAUCUUUCUCCACUUUCCCUUCUCUCUCAAGUACUCUCAUACACACAAACACACCAAACUGCAUACCCACAUACACAAUCUACCAAAAGCUCUUACCUUUUGAGUUCUUUAGUUGAGUUAAACUCAUCGUUUCGAUCAGGAGUGCAUAUAUUUCCUUUGUAUGGAUGGAUCCUUCUACUGGACAACACCAGCAAAUGUCUAACCAGUCAUUGGAGAACAUGUUGGCAUGUUCAAAAGCACAGCAGGAGAGGAAGCCAAGGCCUCAGCCAGAACAAGCUCUAAAGUGCCCCAGAUGUGACUCCACCAACACCAAAUUUUGUUACUACAACAAUUACAGCCUUUCCCAGCCAAGGUACUUCUGCAAGUCUUGCAGAAGAUAUUGGACCAAAGGAGGAACACUGAGGAAUGUUCCAGUGGGAGGAGGGUGCAGGAAGAACAAGAGGUCAUCAUCAUCAUCUUCAUCUUCAAAGAGAAUCCAAGAUCAAGGAUUCACACCCAAUCCAAACAACCCUCUCACUGGUUUUCCUUCCUUGUCUUAUGACUCCAGCGACCUCACUCUUGCACUAGCAAGGCUGCAAAAGCAGUCAUGUGGGCAAUUGGGUUAUGAUGAGCAUGACUUUUCAAUUUUGGGGAAUCCCACAAGCACCCCAUGUGAUAUCCUUGGCAACCCUGGCAUGCACCACUCUUCCACAAACCCGGGCUUCUUGGAUUCUCUUAGAAGUGGGUUCCUUGGAACACAAAGCAAUGUUCAGAAUCUGUACUAUGGAUAUGGGAAUGGAGACAUGGGGGAGGUGGACAAUGGCAAUGCUUGUGGUGGUGGGGUUAGUGGAGAGAUGAUGCUGCCUUAUGAUCAAGAAAUGAGUGUUGCCACCACCCAAGCAGUCACAGUCACCACCAUGAAACAAGAGCUUUGCAAUGCCAGGGAGCAAAGUGAGAGUAGGGUGUUGUGGGGUUUCCCAUGGCAACUCAAUGGAGACACCAACAUGGCUGAGCUUGACUCAGGAAGGGCUAAUUGGAAUGCUCUCAACUCAUCCUGGCAUGGACUUCUCAAUAGUCCUCUAAUGUAGACACAAUCAUCAAGCUAAGGCACUGAUAAUUAAUUCCUCAAGUGUUUGAUGAAAAAGAAAAAAAAAAUCAGUCUAAUUAGGACUUUCAAUCCUCUCGAGUGCUGAGGUUAAUAGGGGUUUGGUUGAUUCCCUUGAAUCAUCUUCUUUUACUUUCUUGUUGUUUUCUUUUUCUCCUUUUUGCUCCUUAAAUUGUCAAAUUUUUUGUACCACUAUCCUUUAAUUGGUGAAUAGACUAAUGAAAUUUCAGAGGUUGUUUGUUAACCAAGUCAAUGAAGUUGGAGAGAAGUAGAUAUAGAGCAUCAAUCAUCAUUUCCUUAUUUGACAGAUGAGAGAGAGAGAGAGAGAGAAAGAGAGAAGCAGGGAGCCUGAGAGUGAUGUUUCAUGGUUUAAUGCAGAACUACUCUCUGAACAGUUAGAAUCAUUUUCUUUCAGGAGCUUUGAAUUUAUAAUUAGUGAUAGUUUCGAGA